AUGUUGCUGUUCUGCCCCACCUGCAGCAACAUGCUGCGCGUCUCUAAAGUGCCCCCCGGCGACCCCUCCACGGCGCAAUACGAAGGCCAGAACCGCUUUGAGUGCCUGACCUGUCCGUACCAGUUCGUUCUCAACAAGCGAUACUUCGAGCGCAAGUACAUGAAGAAGAAGGAGGUUGAGGAUAUUCUGGGAGGAAAGGGCGCGUGGGACAAUGUGGACAAGACAUACGUGCAAUGUCCAAAUGAGAAGUGCCGGAAUGACGAGGCAUAUUGGUAUCAGCUGCAAAUUCGGAGCGCUGAUGAGCCUAUGACUGCUUUCUAUAAGUGCACGAAGUGCAGCAAAGAAUGGCGAGAGUAA